AGACUUCGCCACAUGGACCAAUGCUCUGCGUUGCACAGAAGCAACAUGUGGUAUGUCGCUCCUGUUGGUGUUGCCACGCAUGACCGGGCCGUGAGUGUCACACUACUCGCUUACAAUAUAACUUGAUGGAUCGUCACUUGAGCGAUUGCUUGCUCGUUGAUAUCGGUGUUGGUUCGUGGAAAUAUUCGAAGGUUCAUGUUGUGUUGUGGUUCGAUGGACAGUGGCAGAUGGGACACGCAAACGGUAUUCACGCACGCAUACUGACACGCACACCCAUAGUCCCUUCUACCAAAGUUUCGAUAUUGUGAAAAUCGUGAACGGAUAAACAUUCCCUCGCGCGAGUGAGCGCACGCACAAACGUACACACACGCACGCACAGUAUUAUGAUGUAAUAUUAAAUAAUAGUAACAAUAGAGUUGAAAUUGAAAUCACAUUCUAAAUAUGAAACUCGGUAAUGAUAUCUAAGUGCAAAGAUGUGGUAGUUUCAAUUAUUAUCGUAGUACCAGUUUCACGAUUAGCCAAUCAGAUCGUUGCGUAAUAGACAUCCUGACAUUUAAAGACUGACAGUAAUCAGACGCACCAGAAACUGUAUCUCGUUUUUUCGUGUCGUGCUGGAGGUCGUGCAGUGAACGGGGCUCACGCGCCGCUCCCAAAAGUCAAGUAUUUUCGGAUAAAAAAGCUUUCCCUUAGCUUUCUUUUGCGAUACCUAUUACGGUCCGUGGAUCAAGGCUGCAAGCACAGGCUCUUUGUCUUCUAAAACAUGUUAUGCAAAGUUUGAGUCUGAAAGGCAAGGCUUUACAAAGCCUGCAACGAGACAUUGCGAAUGUUCAGCUGAUGCCCCUUUGCUGUCUUAGUUGCAAGGAAAAAAAAAAAAAAAAAAAAAAAAAAACAGCUCAUAGACAUGCAUAAGACUGCAAACAGUAAACGAAUGAAAACGCCCAUAGGACUCUCGGAUCCAUCCAGAUGAAAAAGUGAUUGCUUGAACCAAAAACGCGAGGAUGAUGCCGCCGUCGACCGCUAGGUGGCUCUGCCUCAGCCUCCUCCUCGCACAAGGAGUGAGAGGACAGUUGAGCAUUGGAAGUGCAGACGCAUUCCUUUCGGAAGACUUUGACUAUAGCACUAUUGUUCCGGAAUCCACACAGUCACCUGAGCCUAUGGUCUCUACUGUCUCACUUGUAGACGAAAGUCCUCUACCUGACUUUGAGGAUGACGUAGCAGGAGGAGAGAGAACAGCCACGGUCUCUUCAUUACCAGAGGGUGAAAUUUCCAGUAAAAUCGGAGCAGUAGAGUACUCUGAUUUCCCAUCAGACUUUAGCACGAAAAUUCUUGAAGGAAAAGAUGAGAAUGCUUCUGAAGUAGUCCUCUCAUCUUUGUCCCAGAUUAUUCCUUCAGAGGUGCUCUCUCCCACUUUGCUUGCAUUAGAACCAACUGUGUUGGUUACAAGACCAACUGAAGCAGUUCGUGCUCUUGCUGACUCUGGUCUUGUAUCACAAAUAGUUUCUUCAGAGGAACCAAUUUCUAGUACAGAAAUUGAACCUUCUGAGUUGGUUAGCAGGCCAACUGAAGUGCUUCAUACUCUUGCUGAUUCAGAGAUAAUUUCUUCAGGAGUGCCAGUUCCUAGUGAACUUGCAGUUGAAACAUCUGAGUUGAUUAGUAGGCCAGUUGAGGCAUCUCAUGCUUUAAUUGAGUCAAGUCAUAUGUCAGAGAUAGAUUCGUCUGGAGUACCAGCUUCCAGUGCAAUUGCAUUUGAACCAUCAGAGUUGCUUAUUAGACCAGAUGCUCUUGUUGAUUCUGCACAUUUGUCAGAGGUAGAAUCUUUAGGAGUGCCAGCUACAUUGGAACCAUCCGAGUUGGUUAGCAGGCCAACUGAAGCACUUCCUGCUUUUGCUGACUCAGAGAUUAUUUCUUCAGGUGUUCUGGCUACAAGUACACUUGCAGUUGAACCAACUGAGUUGGUUAGUAGGCUAGCUGAAGCAAUUCAUGCUUUUACUGAUUCAAGCCAUGUGUUAGACAUAGAUUCUUCAGGAGUACCAGCUUCCAGUCAACUUGCAGUUGAACCAUCCAUCUUGGUUAGAAGACCAGCUGGAGCAGUUCGUGUUCUUGCUGAACCUGAUUCUGACUGGUUACCAAACUGGCCAUCUGAGCUCCUAGACACUACUACAGAAUCUUCGAGAACAGCAACAGUAGUAUUCCCAACAGAGCCUGGACAUACAGCCAUAUUAGCAUCUGCUGCAGCUCCUUUUCUUGAUGAUGAGGGGACUGCAUCAACUGUCAUUCCUUCAUAUACAGUUACUAAAAUCCCAGUGACACAGUAUUUCUUUGAUAUAACAUCUGUAGCACCUACCCCUGCACCAGGGCCACUCUUUGACCCCCAAGAUUUUGUUACUCCAGGCUUUGAUGCACCACUUGACACAACAGCUGAUAUGAUCAGACCCACAGUUGAUCUUGCCUCUAGCAUACCUGAGCUGCAGUCAAGUGUCCUGAUGAUAGACACAAGUCAGCCAUUUGUAACUCCUAAACUCCCACUUGAGGCAACAUUAUCUGCAGGGUCAGAGCUUGGGAGGCCAAGUGUGGAACCACCUGUUAAUGUCUUGAUAUCCACAACAUCCCCAACUCCAGCACUUACCUUGACCUCUACAAGAGUCCAGCCAGAAGAGGAGAUUGAAGUGAUUGACAAUACCCUAGGAGAGGGUGACUUUGUUGAUAGCACCACUUUGAUUGUAGAAGCUGCAGAAGAUGAAAUCACAGGAGUUGAAACCACGGGACCACGACCAUCUUUGGAGGAACAGCCAGAAGAGGAUACAAUUCAUAUCACCACAUCCAGUGAGCUUCUCGUAGAUGUUGCAGCCACUGAAAGUAUGACUGCAGAAUCUGAGGAUAAGCAUCCAGGUAGUACAGGUGAAGCAUUGGCUACAGCCACACUUUUAGCCUUCACCACUCCUCCCUCUUCUCUGCCUGUAACAACUCCUGACGCAGAGGAAGUGACAACCAGCACACCUGUUGUUCGAGUUAGUGUGCAGCCAACACCCUUCUUCCGUACCUCACUGGUCACAGACUCCUCCAGGACCCCCUUGUGGAUGCUUUUAUCUAAGUCAUCACCUUCGCCAACUGUAGAUACACAGCAGACACGCACACGGCUUGCUUCUUCUUUAAUUUCCAGUGCCCAGGGUCCUGACCUGGCAAUUGCUUUGCCUUCUUCCACUACGCUUAAAAGUGAGACUCUUACUGCAACAUUAGCAAGUUCUUCAGUUUCUGAUUCAAGCUUUACUUCCCUUGAGAGUAGCCAGGUUCCCUCCGACUCCUCAGUCCUGUUAGCCACUGUGCCCUUAGAUGAGACUACUUUUACUAUUGCUGAAAGCACUGAGUCAGAUGUAGAACAACCUGAGCUCACAACAACUAUAGUUCUUGAAGACUCAUUAGUCUCCUCUUCCUUGUUUGUUACCACAGAGGGAACAGUAAUAGAACCUCCCAAACAUAAUAUAUCAAGUUAUACCACAGUUGUAGCCCCUACUUUAGACUCUGCUGGAGUUGUCACUCAAUUGCCUCCUGCCAUACCCACAUCUGAACCUCCUGUUCAUAUUGACACUGAAGAGCCUAUCACACCAGCAAGAGUAGACAUAGAUGAAAUUAUUACAACCAGAAAGAGUGAUGAACCCCAAAUGAGUUCAGAGGGACCAACAGUUACUUCCAUAGCAGUAGAAACUUUAGAUUCUGCUCAAGCCAGUAGGCCCAGUAGUGAGAUUAGUGCCACAGAAACAAUAAGUCCUCCUGUGGAGAAACCUGAUGUAGCACCAGAAGUUAGUGUAGCAUCAGAUGUAAGUGUAGCACCAGAUACCAGUGUAGCACUGGAUACUAGUGUAGCACCAGGUGCUAGUGUUGCACCGGAUACUAGUGUAGCACCAGAUGCUGUUGUAGCACCAGGUGCUAGUGUAGCACUGGAUACUAGUGUAACACCAGGUGCUGUAGUAGCACCAGAUGCCAGUGUAGCACCAGGCGCUAGUGUAGCACCGGAUACUAGUGUAGCACCAGAUGCUGUUGUAGCACCAGGUGCUAGUGUAGCACUGGAUACUAGUGUAGCACCAGAUACUGUUGUAGCACCAGAUGCCAGUGUAGCACCAGGUGCUAGUGUAGCACUGGAUACUAGUGUAACACCAGGUGCUGUAGUAGCACCAGAUGCCAGUGUAGCACCAGGCGCUAGUGUAGCACCGGAUACUAGUGUAGCACCAGGUGCUAGUGUUGCACUGGAUACUAGUGUAGCACCAGAUGCUAUCACAGCACCAGAUGCCAGUGUAGCACCAGAUGCCAGUGUAGCACCAGGCGCUAGUGUAGCACCAGGCGCUAGUGUAGCACCGGAUACUAGUGUAGCACCAGAUGCUGUAGUAGCACCAGAUGCCAGUGUAGCACCAGAUGCCAGUGUAGCACCAGAUGCCAGUGUAGCACCAGAUGCCAGUGUAGCACCAGAUGCCAGUGUAGCACCAGUUGUUAGUGUCACCUGGACUCCUGUGCUAGGACCAGCCGAAGAUGAGCAGGAGGAGAAGGAGGAUGCUUCCUUGAUUGCAGCCCCAACUGAGCGACCCCAGACUACAACAGUACCUCCCAUCUUAGCACCAGAGUUGACAGGUGGUUUUACUCCUAUUAUUAGUGAAAUUAGUAAACCUAGUGAAGUAGUGCCUGAAUCUAGUGACCUUCCACCUUUCAGUGAAAUAGUUGAAAGCACUGCAGCUUUCCCUGCACAAACAUCAAAGAGUAUUGCUUUGCCAACACCAGAAUCACCUUUGCCUGUAGUCACUACCAGCAUUCAAUAUGACCACACAGAGAGAGUUAUACCUAGUGACUAUUCUACAGUAGAUGAACUUUUGUCUAGUGUGAUUCCCCAAGAUAGCAUAACUUUAAUUGACAGACUGUCUAAGCCAGUUGAGUCAUCAUCAGUUCUGUAUGAAUCUACAACAGAGCCCCUGAUUCCUUCAUUUGAUAUUGUAUCCUCCACUCUUAUCCCCACAUCUCUUUCUCCAGAAGACUAUGCUUCCUUCAUUGUUACAGACACAGUCAAAACUCCUGAGCCCCCUGUCAUAAUCUCAGAAAGACCUCUGCCUUCCCCAACUAUCUCCUUAAAAGAAGUCUUGUUGACUUCACCUGAUCCCUUUAAGAGUAUGACCUUGGAAUUUAUUACUACUGCUAUGGAUACUGCCAUAGUUAACACAACCUUGCCUUCUGUUUCUGCUUCUCCCAGUCCCCCGGUAGUCUCACCAGCUUUUCCAACAUUACUAACAACUCUAACAGCAACAGACUCCUAUGCUCCCCCUUCCUCACCUGCUGACCUUGAGACAGUCUUCCUGGCUCCCUCCCACUCCCCAAUCAGUACCCCAGACUUACCUGCCCUGGUUGCCCCGACAGCCACAGAACCAGCUCUUGAAGACAUUGCCACAGAAGUGUACCCACACCUAGAUUCUGCUGCCAUACCUGGAGAAGAAACUGCAUCAGAGGAAGCAGUCAAGAAAGAAGAAACUGUGGAUGCUCCAAUGUCCUCUCCUCUGCCACCAGCCAGCCCCUCUCCACCCUUCACAACCAUCACCACACCAACCAUAACCACUACAAAGACCACUACAACCAAAGUUACAAUACCUGCUUCUACCACCACCACCCAAAUACCCACCACACCCCCGUCUGAAGUUAGCAUCACCUUCAUCAUCCCAACUGAAUCAAUGCCAACUCUGACAACAAUUGUGGAGCUCUCGAACGGAACCAUGGUUGAUCGUCCUAUGCCCUAUGUGAGGGCACGUGUGGGCUACAGCGGGCGAGAAUUCUGCCAGCACAGGCACAAUUUCAAGGCUCUGCUUGCAGAAUGGAUCAGCAGACACAUGGAGGAUGUAGACGUGUCACCGCAUGAGAUCACAUUCUUCAAUAUGCCUGAUUGUAAGUCAAUAAAGCCACUCACCGAGGAUCACCUGAACCAAUUUCCUGAAGACCCUACUGAUCCUGACCAAGAGGCUGAGGAUAAAAUGAAUGAUAUAUAUGACUCAGAAAAAAUGACAGAUGUCUAUUUCUAUGUCACUCGUUCUGGCAAGAUUGAUCCCUAUUUAACAGAGCAGUUCCCACUUUUCCCAACUGAACUGGAGAUCAGUGAAGAACUAGCAUACCUGAAGUCAAAGGUCACAGAGUUAGAACUUGUACGUCCAGAUGGUACCACAAACUCCAAUUUAUUGUUAGAAGAAGAAGGAGCAGUUGGCACCUCUGUUAUUGUUAUUAUUGUAAUUUCUACAUUAGUUGGGGCUGCCAUCAUCAUAGCCCUCAUUUUCUUUAUGCUUGUGAGGAAACGUGGUGCUGCCAAUAAUUACUACGGGAGACGAUGUACACCAGUCAGCAUGGAUGCCUACAGCAUGGACAGUGUCUCUGUUUAUCAUUCCUUUAGAAGGAAAAGCAAAAGACGUGCCUCAGGAAGAUCCAUCAAGUCAUAUCUUAAUCAGGCCUUUGAUGAUCCAAAUGGACCUUCACGGCCUCUGAACUUUGCUAAGCUUACUCACUUCAUCUCUGAUAUUGAUGGAGUUCAUGAAGAGUUCUCUACAAUCCCAGUCAAUAUGCCAAAAUAUGAUGAACUACCAGCUGGUGUUGAAGAUAAGAAUAGGUAUGCCAAUGUCAUUCCUGUGCCAGAAACACGAGUUAUCCUCAAAACAGCAAAAGACUCUCCAACCUGUGAGUACAUCAAUGCCAACUAUGUAAGAGGCUCAAGGAAUGAGUCAAAGUACUACAUUGCAACCCAGGCUCCACUAGAUGACACAGUAGCGGACUUCUGGAAGAUGGUUUGGGAACAAGAAACACGUGUGGUUGUUAUGUUGACAGACUUUGUGGAAAAGGGCAUUGACAAGUGUGCUGAUUACCUUCCCCCUUCAGAAACAUUAGAUUGUCAUAGGGUCUACGGUGAAUUCCAGGUAACCCUCAAAUCUCGUGACAUGAAAGAAAAAUUUGUGGUGUCUAAUGUCCAACUGAAAAAUCUAGAAAACAACCUGAUCCGAGAAGUGGCCCACAUGUGGUUCACUGGGUGGCCCACGGCCGGUGUUCCUAAUGAGGAAUCUGGUUUCAUUUCCUUCAUCCUUGAGGUCAGAAGGAACAGGAAGAAGCUUCGAGCCAAAGGACCUGUUGUGGUCCACUGCAGUCCAGGGACAGGGCGCACUGGUACUUUCUUGUCCUGUGACAUGGUGAUGCGACAAUUUGAAGAUCAGAGAAAUGUUGAUGUUCCAAGGACAGUGUAUUCUAUAAGGAGGGACAGAGCUGGUGCAGUGCAGACGAAAGAACAGUAUGCCUUUAUCUACAGGGUUAUCAACUUAUAUGCAUCUAAACUUACUACAGGAAACCUUGAUUCCCUUUAAAAGCACAAGAGCUUAAAAUAUUUUAUAUGAAUGAACAUUUUAUGAUAAUGAAGCCUGAUUGCAGUUACUGAUUAAUUUUUUUUUAAAUAUAUUGUCUGAUUCAGAUAUGACUGCAGUAUUACCUGGUGAAAAAUAAACAAUGUUUAUGUUGUAAAUAAUGAGGUGUGUGAAAUCUCCUGCUGAGGUCCAAAGCCAUACCGUGCUGUCAUUAUGGCUCGAAGUCCCACAAGGAGGCAAUGGUGCUCACAAUACUAUUGUUAAGUCCUUAUCAUGUUGCUGAAGUCCAAAAUGAAAUAUUUAGAAAUAUUAUUUUCUAGUGCAUUCUGCAUUUUUUUCACAUCAUUAUGAAUGUAAAUCAACUUUUACAAAGAUUCUUCUACACACAGACAUUGUGUGCACUACUUUUUUUGUUUAUAUCCACAUGUAGCCAUGUGGCUCACUUACACAUGGAUAUGUUUUGUAUAUGUGUUAUUUAUUUUUGUCUUUCUCUCAUCAUGAUAAAGUCACCAGGAAAGACAACUCACAAAGUGUGCCUUCAGAGAUAAAAGUGCAAUAAGAUAUAGGACCACUGACUAAGCAUGCAUUAUGUACCA